GCAGACUGCAGAGAGACCAGCCAGGACUCAAACACACGUACGUUUCUUUAUCAUCCAAGGUUCCCAUCUCUCUCACUCAAUCUGUCUCUCUCUCUCAACCAACCAUGCGGACACCGCCCGAGGCAAUCAACAAUAAUGGCGGCAGCGGAAACUCCUGCUCACCUUCCAAAUCCUCCUCCAGAAGCUCGUCUCUUUCUUCUUUUUCCCCUUCUUCACCGGUCAUCCCAACCCCGUCGGCCAGAAAAUUCAUGGAAGAAGUGUGGAAAGACAUCAGCCUAGCCUCUCUUCGUGACCACUCCAACAACACCCUCUCCUCCGCCACCACCAACUACCACCCUGCUGAUUUUUGUGGUACGAUCCUCCAAGACUUCUUGCCUCGAUCCUCCAACAAAGUCUUACCAACCGUUGAGACGGCCACUUUCUUGGCUUCUCUGGCGCCGCCUCCUGCCACUAAGCUGAGCAUGAAUUCUAUUUCUGGGUUUGAUUUUGCAUACCUUGAAAGCCGUUCUCCCAUUAGGCCAAACCUACAACUGCCAUGUCAUGCCAGUGUCACUGCACCUCCUAAUUCUUUUGUUUCUUCCUUGAACUACUCUCCCGUUGGUGUUUUGGGUUCUUCUUCAGUACUAUUCCCUUCUUAUUGCAAGAAAAGGGUUCAAGAAUAUGGUGAUGAACCCAGUGAUCAGAGAUAUAAGCGGAUGAUCAAGAACAGAGAGUCAGCCGCUCGUUCUAGAGCAAAGAAACAGGCUUACAGGGAUGAUUUGGAACUUGAACUUGCUCAUUUACAGGAAGAGAAUGCUAGGCUCAGAAGGCAGCAAGAGGAGUUCUGCCUGGUGGCCGCUGCUCAUCUCCCAAGAAAACGUCGUAUCCAUAGAACCUUGACUGCUCCAUUUUGAGAAGAGAAAUGCUAAAAAUACUUGUGUGCACUAGUAUUAGAUGAAUCAUUCCCCUUUUGAGAAGUAAUACAGUGGCAAACUCCCUAUAUUUUAUGCCUUCUUUCUUCCAUAACCAAAAAGCUUGCCAAAUUUCUCUUGAAAAGGAGGAGAGAGAAUAUAUUGUUGUUGGAAUAGGCGUCAACUGGGUUUGGUUUUAAUGUUCUGAGAACCUUUCCAUCAAGUGGGUGGAAAAAGUAGAGGGAAGAGAUCGAAGGAAAAUGCAUUCGGAUUCCCAAGCUACAGGACCGACCGGUGGUGGCAUUUCGUUACUUUUAAUAUCCCGUUCCUUGAAUCCAUGUUUUUUUUUUUUUUUUAAUGAAUAAAAUCCUUGUCUUUUGUCCAUAUGUAUCUUUUUCUUGCCCAAUGAGAAUAAGGUGGGGUUCCGGGGGAAGAUGAUUACUAAUUUUGCUUGCCUAUAAAAAGUCGUGCAGUAUUACGAUGGGACAUGUUUGGCUAAAAAAAUAUAGACAAUCCUUUUUUCGACCUUA